AUGAGUUUUGCUGUUAACGAAACAGCAACUGAACGCAUCAAAAAUGUGAACGCAAAUGAAAAAGAAGCAAUAGUAAGAGCUAUAAGCAUUAUUUUGCAUACAUAUGGCUAUAUCGUUAUCGGUAUAUUUCUUACAUCGAUCAAUAUCCCCGUUUUUCUACUUGUGAUAACGCGUAAAGCACUCAGAAGCCCCUAUUUGGUUCUUGCGAUUGUUUUCCUUAACAAUGGGUUGACCGGAAUUUGUGCGAUAUUAACUGGAAUAAAACGAAUAAUCGAUACCGCUAAUGGAGAAAAGCUUAUCGAUCACUACAAAUGCGUGCUGAAUGUGCAUACCUUUCUUUUAACAUUAUUUUUUCUGAAUGGUUGGAGCUUAUUAAUGCACAGCUUAGAAAGGCUUUGUGUUGUAGCAUUUCCAAUAUAUUACUAUAAGAAGAGCGCACGAAUAAGUUAUUCAUUAAUUGCCGCACAAUAUAUAAUUGCUAUCAUUGAGAUAACUUCUACAGUCAUUGCAAGUUUAAUUGAAUCACCACGGCGCAUAUCUAAUUUUUGCACGCUGCAAAGCUCUUAUUCACCUCUCUUUUUUAAAACAUUAAUAAAUCUAACUUCCCUUACUUCAAUGCUAAGUAUUAUCGUUAUGGUUAUUGUUGUUGCCAUCCUGAGAAGGAAGUUUGGUAGACAGUUUCUUACAAGGCAUUCACAUAACCGCGAUUUGUCAACUUUCCUCGAUAAUCAAAAGCGAUACACUCACACAUCACUGAUAUCCUGUUGUUUUACAUUUUUUUUUGUGGUAGCACCAUCAGCACUGGAAUAUAUUUAUGUAAUGGAUUCUUCUGUACUGUCGCGAAUUAUUAUAAUGUGUUGCGCAUAUUUGUGGAUACUCAAUUCCUUCAAUAUGGUAGUGCUAUUUUUGUAUCGUCAAGGAGAUUCUCAGCGUGCCGCAAUUCGAUGUUUCAAAUAUUUACUUUGUGAACGGAAACAUACAGUCCAACCAAUGGUAGUUUUUGGUAUUGGAAAAUGA